AUGGAUGGUUCUCUAAUCAAAUCUGAGUCACAGUCCUAUGCUCCUCCCCCUCCACCCAUGGCCUCCCCCAGCCCUGGCACGACGGGAGGAGGAGGUCAAGGAGGAGGGUUAAUGGAGCAACUAAGUAAAACCAACCUGUACAUCAGAGGCCUGCCACCUGCUACCACUGACCAGGACCUCAUCAAACUCUGCCAACCAUAUGGAAAGAUUGUGUCAACGAAGGCCAUCUUGGACAAAAACACCAACCAGUGCAAAGGCUAUGGCUUUGUGGACUUUGACAGCCCUGCAGCGGCCCAGAAGGCUGUGGCCUCACUCAAAGCCAGUGGAGUCCAGGCACAGAUGGCCAAACAACAGGAGCAGGACCCCACCAACCUCUACAUAUCCAACCUGCCGGUGUCGAUGGACGAGCAGGAGCUGGAGAACAUGCUGAAGCCCUUUGGUCACGUCAUUUCCACACGGAUACUGAGGGAUGCCAGCGGCCAGAGCAGAGGAGUUGGCUUCGCCAGGAUGGAGUCAACGGAAAAGUGUGAUGUAGUGAUCCAAAAUUUCAAUGGGAAAUUUUUGAAAACCCCUCCAGGCAUGGCAGCUCCUGCAGAGCCUUUGCUGUGCAAGUUUGCUGAUGGGGGUCAGAAGAAGCGGCAGACCCAGAUCAAAUACCCCCAGAAUGGCAGACCAUGGACACGAGACGGAGAGAACGGCAUGGCGUUAACGUACGACCCCGCUGCGAUACAGAAUGGGUUCUACUCUUCACCGUACAGCAUCUCCACCAACCGAAUGAUCGCUCAGACGUCAAUCACUCCCUUCAUAGCUGCAUCUCCCGUCUCCACAUAUCAGGUCCAGAGCACAUCUUGGAUGCCACAUCAACAGUAUGUUAUGCAACCUACAGGUGUGGUGACGGACCCGUCUCCACAGACAACUGCCCCCUCGUCGCAGGACGCUGGCGGGCAACGGUCUUCGUCAGUGAGUGAGAGUUCAGCAGAUCACGCCACAGCCUACUCCUUCCAGCAAACCAAGUGACAAGACUGCUGGAAAGCAUCGCUGCAUUGCCUUUAGGACAGCAUGAAGCUGCUGGAGAGACGGAGAGAAUCAGAACAACAAAAGACCAAAACACAAAGUGAUCCGGACCUCGCUGAGCAGACAACGCUUCCACUGUGCGCAGAACCAAACGAAAGACAGAACCGAAGAGGAAAAUCAAUUCUUCUCCUUACCUGGUGGAAUCAAGAAAAACAAAUUGUUUGCUGACCUAAAGGAGGACAAAAUCAAUCACAGUCCAAGACUUUGAUUUGAUCAUUUUUCACCUUCAGACUGGAUUUUCCUCUAAUGGAAACAAAAAAGACAAAUCAAAACUCACUGUACAAAAAAAAAAAAAUCAUUUGAAUGUGCAGGUAGAUUUUCUGACUUUUUUAUGAAUAAAAAAAGAAGGAAGGAGAAACAGGCUGUCUUCCUUAGAAUUUAAGCUCUAGAAUCUGAAAUCUUUUAUCCUUUGAGUAGUAUUUUAUGUUAGUUUUUUUUUUUUUUAGAAUAUAAAUGUUUUCUGAACUUCUUAUGGCCUUAAUUUUCACCAACUUUGGGGAAGAAAACGUUUCCAAAACGUUGAACUCUUAAAAAGAGACUAAUUGGAUGAUCUGAGAGCCUCAGAGAUACAAACUUAUCUGUACAGGAUUUCAACAGGUUGUAUUGGAAUGAAGAGGAUUUUUGACUCAGUGGGUGCAAACGACAAAAAAAAAAAAAAAACUCUUUAACUUGACUCCACAGAGUUAUGAAUUACUGUAGGAUAAAAUAUUUGUUUCUCCACCCAUGUUACAUUAUUACGUUAUUUCAUGGCCCACUUUCAAAAAGGUUUUUAUUUGUGUGUUUGCUUCGCUUGACUCACUGCAUAAAAAAGAACUUUGUGAAAAACCAAAAAAAAAAAAAAAAGUUAGGAUUUUUAAAUGUG